CGCUCAGUGGAGGCAGGAGAGCUGAGCCGGAGCCAUGGCCAGUACAAUGGUAGCAGCUGGACUGACCAUUGCUGCUGCAGGAUUUGUAGGCCGUUAUGUUUUGCAAGCCAUGAAGCAUAUGGAGCCUCAAGUAAAACAAGUUUUUCAAAGCCUACCAAAAUCUGCUUUCAGUGGUGGCUAUUACAGAGGUGGAUUUGAACCAAAAAUGACAAAACGGGAAGCAGCAUUAAUAUUAGGUGUAAGCCCUACUGACAAUAAAGGAAAAAUAAGAGAUGCUCAUCGACAAAUUAUGCUUUUAAAUCACUCAGACAAGGGAGGAUCUCCUUAUAUAGCAGCCAAAAUCAAUGAAGCUAAAGAUUUACUAGAAGGUCAAGCCAAAAAAAAUGAAGUAAAUGUUAUGAUGAAUUUUAAGUUCUUAGCAGUUUAUGUAUAA